CACAAGCGCUGCACCUUUUCUGCGCUUCUUCUUCGUCCGCUCAUUUUGUCCUCUUGCGUGCGACUUCUUAGUAUCUGGAGAUACAACGCAUCUUACCGGAGAGGAACACCAACGCCCGAAAAUUCCAUUUUCGAUACCGCAUCCCGCGAUAGGUAGACGACCAUCCAGCGACACAAAAGUCCACCAAACACACAGUCAAAAUGCUCGACAUUGACUGGAAGGGCCUUGCCCUUCCAUUCGCCUACCUCAUCGUCCUCGGCGGCGCCCUCAUGACCUUUUCCACAAUCUAUCGAAGACGGAAAGCCGCUGAAAGCGCAAACCUCGCGCCGUGGUUCGGCCCUCACCUCCAGCGCGACAUCUACCUCUCCCUGCUGCAUCUCGAUUCCGAAGAGGGCGCCGAAAAGGCCCCCAAGGUCCCCGACGGUGUCCUCCGAGCCGCCCUGCUCCGGCGCGCGGUCGAGGACAUUGAGCGCCUGAUCCACAUUAAGACCGCGAAGCAGGCUUGCGGAGCGCUGCUCCAGAGGGGAAGCGUCGGCGACGACCUGUGGCAGCGGUUUCUGCGCGCAGAGAAGGAGAUGGAGGAGGAGCUACGAGACGUCGUUACCGAGGCCAACGCCCUGGCACCAAACUGGGGCCCCGUCAUCUUCCAGUCUGCGCACGAAAUCGCCGCCAACACCAAGCUCCGUCAGCGCCUUGAGGAGAUACAAUCCCAAACCGAGGCCGAGAAGGCUUGGUGGUUGAAGAAGCGGAGUCAGAUCCAGGCCGAGUUCAUGAAGGAGCUCGACGAGUCUGAAAAGGGCUCAACAAAGGACGGCCAUGAGGAUGAUGCCGUGGUGGUCGACUCUCCUUCGAAGAAGGGUAGCAAGAAAUGAGAAAACAGCAGAGGGGGCCAGACGGCAGCAGAAGGGAGGGACUUGAGGGCAGAAGAUCGCUGUGGCACAAGAUGGUGCCAGUGUACAUAUAUAGACAUGAUGAGGGAGGGAGAGAGGAACGAUCAGGAUGACGACUGGGCAUUCGCGCGCACCGCAACUGCAUCUGCAUCACAUCGACAGGUGCAGCGGUCUCUUGAUGGGUUAGAAAAAUUCCAAGGCGUUUGACUGGGCAUCACAGAUGAAAAGAAGAAGGAUGAUGAUUGAUUUGUCUUGUAUUGUCUUAAUAGAGUAAGGGAUUAUAUCAUGCCAAAUCAUUGC